UGUGGCUGUGGGUGUUUGAGUGAGAAAGACACAGAGGAGAGCCAACCGGUAAGAGCACAGCCUCCUUCAUUACCAACGCACUGUGCCGACAAACAUCAGAGCCAUUCCAUACUGAGGUCAGCGAGGACUUCCAGAGUUAGGCGUAAUCCAGGCUAAUGAUUAACUGGAAUGGAAAAGUAAUUGUUUGUCUGCUUCACUACAGAUUGCUCAGGGCCUCUGCUCAAUUUAAAACCCAGAGUUCUCAGGGGAAAUUGGAUCACGGACUUCAAGGACAGAAACACUUUGCUUUGCAGAUAUACAAGGUGACACCACUUUAAGAUUCUGCCAGUGGUCCUCCCAACACCAUUCUACAAAUAUUGUCAGGAAGACGAUUCCGACCCAGGAUCGAAGAGACCCAGAAAGUAAUUAAUUGACUUGCAGCCCGUAGGUUUAAAUAGUGGAUAGGCAUGGGGAGGGCAUAGGAAUAUUGAUGGGGAAAUUAGAUGAUAGCAUUUGCAAACAUUGAAUGAAAGGAACAGCAUGCAAAUAUCUGUUAUGCAUAACUGCACACUCCAAGACAUUGUUGUGUAAAUGAACCUAUGAGCCUCAGCUCCAAAUGAAUGGAAGAUGUAGGCAUGAAACUGGGAUUGGAUGUUUUAUAUUUAUAAAAGGAUAUAUGGUAUACAAAAUAAAUUAUGAGCGAUGGCAUUCAGUGUACCUCCAUCCUUUGCACAAGUCCUCAUAUUAAAUAAGGAUGAUGAUUUAUAUCUAACCGGUUGGGACCUGCACCAGACGGAGGCGGAAGGAAGUGACCAGACCUUACCAGUUUGUGUUGGCUCUUGGGGACUGCUCACAGGUUUUUACAGUCAUUAGUGUGAAGGCAUUGGGAGGAACGUAUACUUCUUGGGGAACUGGACGUGUGCUUCAUGUCCUAUGAUGUGUUUGAUAUCAACUUUCCCCACUGUGCCCCAGCAUGGGAAUUAUUACAGACCACAGUGUAUCAGCUGUCAGGUACAGAAUCCCCCGCAGUGAGACUGUUACGAGCAUGUAUUUUUCCCCACUGAUAAAUACUGAUAUUAGUAUCUACUCCUUCCUGUAUGUAGUGUCAGAAGUGACUGGAGGAAAACAUGCGUUUGUGUUCCUGUGAAUGAAUAGAUCAAUGGAUGGAUGAGCCAUGAAUCUCUCUGAUUCAGAGAGGGGUUAAAUGUGGAAGACACAUUUCGGCUGAAUGUUGUUGUGCAACUGACUUAGGUUUCCAUCUUUCCUUUUCCCCUUCUUAUAGCAAUGCUCUUAAGGCACUGUUAAUAGCUCUGUUAAAUUGACUUUGUUUGUUUUAAUGCAUUUUUUUUUGCUUGCUUGCCUUUGUUCCACAUCUUCAAAUUUUAUUUUAUUUUACCUUUAUUUAACUAGGCAAGUCCGUUAAGAACAAAUUCUUAUUUUCAAUGACGGCCUGGGAACAGUGGGUUAACUGCCUGUUCAGGGUCAGAUUUGUACCUUGUCAGCUCGGGGAUUUGAACUUUCAACCUUCCGGUUACUAGUCCAACGCUCUAACCACUAGAAUACCCUGCCGCCCCAAAUAUUCUUGAUUACUAUAAAAUGAAAUGUUUUUGAAACUGGACUGAAGUUGCACGUACAUCUUCAUAUAAUUAUGAUUAUAUUUGAAAUACAAAAUGUUAUAUUUUGGGGAUUGUGAAAAGUGCUUUAUGAUGGAAAUACAGUUAUUAUGAAGUAAUGACCGUCAUCUGUCCAUGUCCUUAGUAGAGUGACGUGUGUGUACGGUCACCUAAGAUACCUGAAGUGUGUCACUGAAUGUGCUAAUCUAUUAAUUAGCUCUGACACUGUCUGAUAACUCAGAUCUGUGUGAUUACCACUUAAGACAGACUGUGUCACAUACACGCAAGCUUUGUUUUUGGACAGAUUGCCAUCUCAGUGUGCACAUUAGGCUAAUGGUUUGGACUGUUCAUGAAAUAAUAGAAAUCAAUUUUAAAAUCAUUGCUAUUCUGAAUAUUAUACAUUCUUGUGCAUUGUGGACAAUUCUUUGAUGUGCUGUGAUGUAUGUUCUGAAAUGCAGGCAAAACAAAUGAAUUAUGACAUUCAAUAUUGUAUGUUGAUUGUGUUUAGGAAAAGGAGGGGGUGAGAUGGUACAGAAGGCAAACAUAUAUCAGCUAAAUCAGUCCACAACCCACUGUGCUGGGUCAGUCCAACAACCCACUGUGCUGGGUCAGUCCAACAACCCACUGUGCUGGGUCAGUCCAACAACCCACUGUGCUGGGUCAGUCCAACAACCCACUGUGCUGGGUCAGUCCAACAACCCACUGUGCUGGGUCAGUCCAACAACCCACUGUGCUGGGUCAGUCCAACAACCCACUGUGCUGGGUCAGUCCAACAACCCACUGUGCUGGGUCAGUCCAACAACCCACUGUGCUGGGUCAGUCCAACAACCCACUGUGCUGGUUCAGUCCAACAACCCAAUGUGCUGGUUCUGUCCAACAACCCAAUGUGCUGGUUCAGUCCAACAACCCACUGUGCUGGUUCAGUCCAACAACCCAAUGUGCUGGUUCUGUCCAACAACCCAAUGUGCUGGUUCUGUCCAACAACCCACUGUGCUGGUUCAGUCCAACAACCCACUGUGCUGGUUCAGUCCAACAACCCACUGUGCUGGUUCUGUCCAACAACCCACUGUGCUGGGUCAGUCCAACAACCCAAUGUGCUGGUUCUGUCCAACAACCCAAUGUGCUGGUUCAGUCCAACAACCCACUGUGCUGGUUCAGUCCAACAACCCACUGUGCUGGGUCAGUCCAACAACCCAAUGUGCUGGGUCAGUCCAACAACCCAAUGUGCUGGUUCUGUCCAACAACCCACUGUGCUGGGUCAGUCCAACAACCCAAUGUGCUGGUUCUGUCCAACAACCCAAUGUGCUGGUUCAGUCCAACAACCCACUGUGCUGGUUCAGUCCAACAACCCACUGUGCUGGGUCAGUCCAACAACCCAAUGUGCUGGGUCAGUCCAACAACCCACUGUGCUGGGUCAGUCCAACAACCCACUGUGCUGGGUCAGUCCAACAACCCACUGUGCUGGGUCAGUCCAACAACCCAAUGUGCUGGGUCAGUCCAACAACCCAAUGUGCUGGUUCAGUCCAACAACCCACUGUGCUGGGUCAGUCCAACAACCCACUGUGCUGGGUCAGUCCAACAACCCACUGUGCUGGGUCAGUCCAACAACCCACUGUGCUGGGUCAGUCCAACAACCCACUGUGCUGGGUCAGUCCAACAACCCAAUGUGCUGGGUCAGUCCAACAACCCACUGUGCUGGGUCAGUCCAACAACCCACUGUGCUGGGUCAGUCCAACAACCCACUGUGCUGGUUCAGUCCAACAACCCAAUGUGCUGGAUCAGUCCAACAACCCAAUGUGCUGGGUCAGUCCAACAACCCAAUGUGCUGGGUUUAUGUUACAACCAAACACACUGGGUUGCUUUAAGUCAGCAAUAUAGUCUACUUUACCCAGCAGCUUGUUCGAGUGCUCAACCCAAGGUGAUGGGUUACAAGUUGAAAAAUAAUAUUGAAUUGCCAUAUUAGGCAUAAUUCAAUAUCUACCUUUUGAAGAUGCCAAAAAUCUAAUAUUUUCAGUGUCCUAAUUAGUUUUUGUUUUGUGUUUUCUGAUUGUCUCAGUGCAACAAGCUUCAAACAAAGGACUUCCAUAAGACUGUCAUCU